UAAUUAACUCCUUGUGUUGAUGCAAUAGUGACUUUGGUCACGCUAUUAUAGUGUUUUCUCCGCUGUUAAAGGUGUCAGAUUGUAGGCAGCUGUUUAACUGCAGUGAUGACGGAAGAAAAGCCGCAGAAGCUCAAACUAAAGCGGGAGCUGGGGAUGCUGGGAGCCGUGUCCCUCAUCGUGGGGACGGCGGUCGGAUCUGGGAUCUUCAUGACCCCACAGACGGUGAUCAGCUCCGUUGGGAGCCCCGGUGCGAGCCUGGUUAUAUGGGCGUCUUGCGGCUUGCUGGCGAUUCUGGCGUCUUUCUGCUACGCCGAGCUCGGCACAGUUAUAAAAGAAUCAGGCGGCGAGUACAUCUAUAUUCUGAGGACUUCAGGUCCAGUGCUUGCCUUCAUGUUAAUCUUUAGCUCUGUGCUCUUUGUGAGACCUGCAGCCAUUGCUGGCAUGGGACUGAGUUUUGCUACCUAUGUUGUGACUCCUUUCUACGGAGACUGCCCCCCUCCGGUGCUGGUGGUGAAGUGCGUGGCUGCAGCGGCAAUUAUCACGCUCGCCAUCGUGAACUGCAUGAAAGUGCGCUUUGCAAUGUCAAUCCAAGUUUUCUUUACUGUAGUCAAAGUCUUGGCUCUGGCAGGGAUUAUCAUAGGAGGUGUGGUGAUGCUUAUCAAAGGCCACACUGAGAAUUUUGAAAACUCCUUUGAGAACACAAAUGUUGGCGUCAAUUCAAUAGGAAUUGCUUUCUACCAGGGGCUGUGGUCAUACGACGGCUGGAACAAUCUGAACUCAGUGACUGAAGAGUUAAAACGUCCCGAGGUGAAUCUUCCUCGGGCGGUGCUGAUAGCCAUUUCUCUUGUGACUACUUUGUACCUGCUGGUGAAUGUGAGCUAUCUGACAGUAAUGACGCCUAAAGAGCUCAUGUCCUCAAGCGCGGUAGCAGUUACCUGGGGGAAUAAGGUGCUGGGCAGCUGGGGCUGGGUCAUGUCUGUGGCCGCAGCCUUGUCAGCUUUCGGUUCUCUAAACGGGACGUUCUUCAGCGGCGGCCGUGUGUGCUUUGUUGCUGCCCGGGAAGGACACAUGCCAGAUAUUCUGUCCAUGGCCCACGUCCACAGACUGACUCCGUCUCCGGCGCUGAUCUUCACCACAAUAAUCUCUCUGGUGGUGCUGAUUCCUGGAGACUUUCAGAGUAUCGUCAACUACUUCAGUUUCACCGCCUGGUUUUUCUAUGCCAUUGUCCUGUCUGGGCUCAUCUAUCUCAAAAUCAAGAAGCCAGACCUCCCAAGGUCGUACAAGGUUCCCAUUGUAAUUCCUAUACUGGUCCUCGCUGCAGCAAUAUUCCUCGUGCUGGCACCCAUCAUAGACAAUCCUCAGAUUGAGUACCUCUACGUGGCUUUAUUUAUCUUAAGUGGCGUUAUAGUCUACAUACCCUUCAUCCAUUACAAGCUCUGCCCAGGAGUGCUGGACAAGUUAACAGUGUUCUUGCAGCUCUUCUUAGAGGUCGCCCCUGCAGACAAAAACCUGUAAUUUCUACUGAACACACAUGGAUAGCAUCUUUGAUAACAUGCAGAUAACUGAAAGCUACCAAUAAAAUAAGCCUUUUUCCAUGAAUUAUCCUUACAUGUUAAAUUACAUCUGAUAAUGAGUGUUGCUGUUUUAUGUAAAGGUGCAUUUAAAGUGUUUUACUUGCAUUUUUAAAUUGAUGUUAUUGUAAAUUCACAACUUUCAUCUAAGCUUAUUGUAAAAGAUUGUUUGCAAGAUGUUUAAGUUCAAAACUCAUUAAGAUUUACAGGGGGACACAAAUCCAUAUUUGUCAUUGAAAGACGUUGAUUAUCUUUUUUUUAAUACAAUAAACACUAAAACACGCUAUAAUUCAGCAUUGCAGGGGACCUUACAGCUCUGCCAUUUACUGCAUGUCAGUCAUACCUUGCUGUCACUUUAUAAUCAACAAAAAAUAAAGUAUUUCAAACAUAUCAGCAAAUUUAGUGCUCCUGACAUUUCCUGAUUUCUUGCAGUAUUCAGAUUCUGUUUGUAUUCGUCUGUACUCGCUAUAAGUUUGCGUGAAUAAGCAUCACAAAAGCAUCUGAAUGGAGC